CCAAGGCAAACUUUAAGCAGAGUAUCGAUUCUGUUGCCCAACAGAAUGAAACAGCUGGUCAUUGCUGACUUGCGCCUUGCUUUUUCCUUUUAAUAUUUUUAUUUUCCCUAUUUUUUAGGAGUUUGUAUCAAAAUCAAAUCCUUCAAUGUUAGCCUCUCUCUUGCCGUGAUAUCAUCCCAUUCAACCUUUCUUUCUUCUUGUUUUAUUGGAGAAGGGGCUUUCUUCGUCUGCUCUUUUUUCUCUGCAAUGGCUACUUCAAGAUGGAUUAGGCCUGAGGUGUUUCCGCUCUUUGCUGCUGUUGGUGUAGCUGUUGGCAUCUGUGGGAUGCAGCUUGUUAGGAAUAUCUGCACCAACCCAGAAGUCAGGGUGACCAAAGAGAACAGGGCUGCAGGAGUUCUUGAGAACUUUGCAGAAGGUGAAAAAUAUGCAGAACAUAGCUUAAGGAAGUUCGUCCGCAAAAGGCCUCCUCAGAUCAUGCCAUCCGUCAAUGGCUUCUUCUCAGAUCCUGAUCUUCCAAGUUCUAAAUAGAAUUUCACUGCAACCAUUUAAAUCAGCCUUUCAUAUUUGUGUUUGUGAAUUUGAGCAACAAUUGUUAUUUUUCCAUUUAAGAGCAUGGAGCAAUUGCACAUUGCAAGUUGUUGAAGUUUUUGAUAUAUUGCUAAACAAAUUACCGACUAAUAAAGUUCAUCUGCUAUAAUUUCUAUUUA